AUGGCGCCACUUCCUACACUCUACGUGCGCCAGUCUAUUGCUUCUGGGGUUGACCUCCUCGAUGGACGGUCUGUCCCUGCUGAGGCCGUGACCAGUCAUCCUGUCACUCUUGAGGCGAGAGGGAUCCCUGGACUCACUCCAGAUGCUAUCCCAGAGCCUCACUGGUUUGGGGACUGGGAGAAAGUGAGAGGCUGGUGGAGACCGACAGCAGAGGGUCACUCUCGUUCUUCUCCUGGUCCUGGUAAUGGUCCCUCUUAUGGUGUUCCUAUUUAUGGUCCUGGUUCUUCUUCCGGUCCUCGUCCUGCGUAUGAUGCCCGUCCUUCUAAUGGCCCUGGUCCCCCUGUUCGCCCUCCAGUUAUUUACGAUGUUAGGCCCGCGCCCAUGAUACACGAUCCAGCUGUCGAUCUUACUCCUGGCAGAGUACCGAUGGGCCAUGUUGGACCACCUGGGUCCUCAUUCUUCGAGACUCACAAGACCAAGAUAAUGAUUGGUGCUGGUGUACUUGUUGUUGCAGCUGCUGGCUGGUUUGGUUUCAAGUGGUGGAAGAAGAAGAAGGCUGCUGCAGAAGAGUAA